AUGUCUGUUCCCAACCACAACGAGAUAUGGCGUCGAGGGGCAGAGGAAUUCAGAGGCCAGAGACUGCUGCCUCACGUCGUUGACUAUCAUGCCCAUGAAAAUCCCAAUCGCGUGUUCAAUUCCAUGCCAAGAACCCAAAAUGUGGCGGAUGGGUUUCGAGAUUUCGACAUGAAGACAAUGGCAACCGCGGUCGAUUUCAUGGCCUGGUGGCUAGAUAACCAUUCUAAGAAUGCCCCUAAGGAAAAGAAAGUCCUGGCGUAUGUCGGAGUACCAGAUAUCCGAUACCCUGUUCUCCUCUUUGCAGCAAUCAAAGCCGGAUGGACGACAUUUUGGAUAUCGCCACGGAAUCCGCCUGAUCACAACCUGUAUUUGCUGCGUGAGGGGAAAGUGAACCUUCUUCUCUACGCGGAUGUAAUGGAGCCAGUGGUUAAAGGCAUUCAGCAGCUUGACUCUGCCUCUCUGAUAUCCUACCUGCCAGUACCAUCCCUGGAGGAAGUACUGAAUGGCCAGUCCCGUCCAUACCCUUUUGAUGUCAUGUUUGCGGACGUCAAGGAUGAAAAAUGUCUUGCUAUGCACACGUCUGGAUCCACGGGACUUCCAAAGAUUGUGUAUUAUACACAUGCUGCAUUCUCUUGUACGGACUCCGACCGAAAUAUCCCAGUCCCAGAAGGGCGUCGGCCACAGAAUGCUAACCAGUUUGAUUUCUCUCCACCCGGGCGAUUCUACUGCUGCUUCCCGCCGUUUCAUCUGGGGGGUACAAUGGCAUUCAUGGUGAUACCCGCGUUCUCCACGACUGCUACUGCUGUUUGGGGUCCUUCAACGAUGCCCCCCAGCGGUCGCCUCGUGAGCGCUAUCAUGAACCACACGACAGUCCGAGCCCUGUAUAUUCCUCCGUCGACUAUCGAGCAGUGGUGGACAUGCGACCCGGAUGCGACCAAAAAGGCAGAAGGUCUCGACUUUGUACUCUUUGGCGGAGGGCCUCUAGCACCCAGUGUUGGGCAGAAGCUCAGCGAAUUGACGGACCUGUGUCAAAUGUACGGCUCUAUUGAGAGCGGUCAGAUCCAGAUGCUUAUCCCCCAGCCCGGAGAAUGGCAGUAUCUCGAGCCCAAUCCUGCCGAAGAGUGCGAUAUGCAGGAGGUAGAGGAAGGCUCCGGCCUUUACGAGCUGGUGCUCCAUCAGGAUGAGAAAUUCCGCGGGCGACGUACUCUUUCACAUACAUUCCCGGAGGUGAAGGUAUGGCGUACAAAGGAUCUCUUCACUCCUCAUCCGACAAAGGCAGGGUUAUGGCAAUUCCAUUCUCGCACUGACGAUCUCAUCGCGCUCGGCACUAGCGCAAAGGUGUUCCCCGUUCCCAUGGAGACGGCUCUACAAGGAGAUCCUAAUGUCGCGGGCGCGCUGGUCGUCGGAAAUGCCCGCCCGGCGGUUGUCCUGGUAAUUGAGCCCUCGCAGCCCUUGAAUGGUGUGAGCAAAGACGAAUUUAUUGACAAGAUCUGGUCCUCGAUUGAAGAAGCAAAUGCCGCUGCACCGACUCAAGGCAAGAUUUCACGAUGUCGUAUCCUCCUGACAGAUCCUGCUGUGGGGUUUGCAAGAACUCCGAAAGGCACCAUUGCACGCAAGCGCUCCGAGGCUCUUUACACGGCAGCGAUCGAUGCGGUGUUCAGAGAUGGCAUUGUGGACGAGACUAACUCGACUAGUGCGUUUUGA